AUGCCGAACCUGGCCUCACACCUACCGAGCGCAGCAGCGGACGGCGCGGCGGGAAACGCGGGGAGCCCGGGAAUAGUGGGCAUGUCGGACGAUCGCGAGGCGGCGUUAGACUCGGUAGUUAAAGUGUUCGCCGUCGCGAGCAGCCCCAACUACUGGCUCCCGUGGCAGAGCAAGCCGCAGCGCGAGGUGACAGGGUCCGGAUUCGUCGUAUCUGGCCGCCGCAUCCUCACCAGCGCGCACGUCGUCGCGGACCACACGUUUGUACUCGUUAGAAGGCACGGAUCCCCUAAGAAGUUCCUCGCUACAGUGGAAGCCGUGGCGCACGAUUGCGAUCUGGCGCUGCUGUCAGUGAAGGACCCCGCGAGCGUGGGGAGCGGGGAGGGGGGGAUCAACGGCGGGGGGAGCGGGGAUGCGCGCGCGGACAGCGAGGAGUUCUGGGAGGGCAUGCGCGCACUAGAGCUGGGGGACGUGCCGCUGCUGCAGGAGUCGAUCGCUGUGGUGGGAUACCCGCAAGGCAUGCGCGCAUUAGAGCCGGGGGACGUGCCGCUGCUGCAGGAGUCGAUUGCUGUGGUGGGAUACCCGCAAGAACUGCUGCCUCGCAACCCUGUCAAGUAUGGGUCCAUUGGUCUCGCGCGCUGCAGGCUGCAACUGGGGGGCAUGCCGCUGCUGCAGGAUUCGAUCGCUGUGGUGGGAUACCCGCAAGAGCUGGGGGAUGUGCCGCUGCUGCAGGAGUCGAUUGCUGUGGUGGGAUGCCCGCAAGGAGGCGACAACAUCAGCAUCACCAUGGGCGUGGUGUCACGGGUUGAACCCACUCAGUACGUGCACAGCGCGGCCCACCUUCUGGCCAUUCAAAGCACCACCACACUCACAUCUCUCUCUCCUUCCCAACACAAUGCCUUUCACCACCUCCCCAUGUCAGGCGGCGACAACAUCAGCAUCACCAUGGGAGUCGUAUCAAGAGUUGAGCCCACUCAGUACGUGCACAGUGCGGCGCACCUGCUGGCCAUUCAGAUCGACGCCGCUAUCAACCCCUCCCUCACCCACACUGCUGCUCUCUUGCCCAACCACCCCCAACCCCUCAACUCUCCCACCUCCCCAGGCGGCGACAACAUCAGCAUCAGCAUGGGCGUGGUGUCUCGAGUGGAACCCACUCAGUACGUGCACAGCGCGGCCCACCUUCUGGCCAUUCAGAUCGACGAUGCACUCUCACAUCUCCCUCUCCUCAACACCUUUCACCACCUCCCCAUGUCAGGAGGCGACAACAUCAGCAUCACCAUGGGCGUGGUAUCACGGGUUGAGCCCACCCAGUAUGUGCACAGCGCGGCUCACCUGCUGGCCAUUCAGAUCGACGCCGCCAUCAACCCCGGCAACAGCGGCGGCCCCGCCCUCAUCAUGCCCCCUGCCUCCCCUGCCGCCCCUGCCGCCCCUCCUGCCGCCCCUGCUGCCGCCCCUCCUGCCGCCCCUGCCGCCCCUGCUGCCGCCCCUGCUGGGGGGGUAGAAGUGCCAAUCAUCCGUCGCUUCCUGGCAGACGCAGCGUUGGGUCACCGCCGCUUCCCGGGCUUUGCCUCGCUUGGUGUCUCCUGUCAGCCGCUCGAGAACUGGCAGCUGCGGGCGCACCUCAAGAUGCCACGUGGCGCCACGGGAGUGGUCGUCAACGCCGUGCAGCCGCUCAGCGACUCCAGCCGCUGGCUGAAGAAUGACGACGUGCUGACGGCGUUCGAUGGGGUUCCCAUUGCCAACGAUGGGUCGAGUGAGUGA